AUGGCAAGAAAAACAAAGCCUUCUUUUUUCCAGGUUCUUAUAGGUGACUUCUCUAACAAGCUGAGAAUCCAGCAAGCUUUUCAUAAGCAUUUUGAUGGAAGGAUACCUCAGCAAUCCAGUCUUCGGACCCCUACCGGAACUAGGCUUGUGGAUGUGAACAGUGAUAAUGGCAUGUUGUUUCUACAAAAGGGUUGGAAGCAAUUUGUGAAAGAUAAUGGUUUAAAGCUUGGCGAGUUUCUAAUCUUUCGUUACUGUGGAAAUUCAAAAUUCAAUGUUGAAUUAUAUGGAAGACAUGGUUGCAGAAAGGAGUUUGUAACAGCGGCUACGACAAGUGAAAGACCUCUGGAAAAGAGACAGUGUGAAGAGAUUCAUAGAACAAAUGCUAAUUCGAAGUAUGUUGGGAGCUCCAGUACUAGCCAUUCAAAGCAGAAAAUGGAUUAUGAUCAGAACUUAGAAGGUUGCACUGGUGGAUAUAGAGCUAGUCAAGAAACUGUUUUCAUCAAACCUGAACCAAUAAGUGAUACUGAACUGGAAACAACUGUGGGAAUCGACGAGCCAAUUAGAAAUAUGAAUACUAGAGAUACUUCAGCUUCGCAACCUCAAGCAGAAAAUCUAACACAAGCUGCUGCUCUUGAAGCAGCCAAGAAAUACUCAUCCAAUAAUCCUUGCUUCAUAACUCAAUUGACUGAAUCUUAUGCGACAAAAGGACUUCUGCAUAUACCGAGUACCUUUGUGAAAGACAUCAAGAUAAAGAGAAGCACAGCUAAGCUCCAAGUUUCAAACAGGUUGUGGUCUGUGAAGUGGAUAACUGACCAUCACUCAAGUAGGUUCUCUCAAGGUUGGACUGAAUUUGUUAGGGAGAAUGAUCUGAAAGUAGGAGAUGCUUGUGUCUUUGAGCUGAUUAAGCAGACAGAUGAUACUGUGAUGAAAGUUUAUGUUUUCAGAUGUUGUAGUAGUUGA